AUGUCGAGGACAUCCUGGCGCGUCCGUGGUGCUACUACUGUUCGUCGCAAUCACCCAUGGACGCACACCGCAGAUACUGACCCAGACGCAGGCGAGCGCGACUUUGAAGAUCUGAAGCUUCUCAUCUCUCAUCAAAAGGCGAAGCACUUCAAGUGCGACCGCUGUGGACGCCGAUUGAACACGGCUGGAGGUCUCUCCGUCCACCUGAACCAGGUCCACAAGGAAACCCUCGAUCAUGUCGAAAACGCGCUGCCCAACAGGCAAGGCCUCGACGUGGAGAUAUUCGGUAUGGAGGGCAUCCCCGCCGACAUUCUCGACCAGCACCGCAACCGCAUCAUCCAGAACUUCUACCAGGCCCAGGAGGACAGGCGCGUAGCGACAGGCAACCCGCUGCCGGGCCAGGCGAAGCCCCCGAAGAAGAAGCUCAAGAUGGAGACGCCCGAGGAGCUCAAGGCGAGGUUAGCGGACCACAGGGCCAAGGUCGCCGCGGCCAAGGCGGCCGGCCUCCCGCACCCGGGUAUCAGCGUCAGCCCUGCCGCCGGCGCCCCGGCCAACGCGAGCCCCGGCGCAUUCAAUAACUCCCCCUACCCGCCUCCGCAGGCCCCCUACGGCGCCGCGCCCGCCGAUCCGCAGUUCCCUGCCCAUGCCCAGGCCCAGGCCGCGGGCGCCGUGCCGCCGGGCUACCCUCAGCCCGGCUUCCCCGGCGGGCCCGGCGCCUUCAACGGAUUCUCGCCCUCGGCGCUGCCCGCCAGGCCGAACAGCGGCAACCUCGCGGCGCCGCCUGGCCUGCCGCAGCGCCCGCAGAACGCGGGCGGCUACCACAACGGCGGACCGACGGGCCAGCCCGGCGAGGUGGGCGAUGCCAUUGAUCAGAUCAUCCGCGAUGCCGAGCUCGGCAACAAGACGAAGAGGAGCGACGAGGCGGACGGCGGCGGCGGCGAGAGGAAGGCCAAGAAGGGCGCGCGCAUGGUCUACUCGGACGAGAACGUCAGCCCCGAGGAGAGGAUGUCGCAGCUGCCUCGGUAUGCGUGGGUGCCUCCCGUUUCAUAG